AUGGACAACUCGGCAUCUUCUGCAGCCAUCCAGAAAUGCAUCUGGGACGGGCGAAUUCCCAUGGAAAUCGUCCUCGCCCCUUCUGAGAGCCGGAGUUUCGACAAAAUGGAUGCCUAUCUUGUCUCAUACCCACGUGUCUCAUAUCUUCCCUCGUUGCUUCCAAAGCUUCGAGCCUUCUUCUCUCCAUACCUGAUCGAGCCCGGAUCUCGGCACCAUGAUGGAUGGUUUGCCUUUGAGGGAGUUCCCCUGAAAUGGCACUACCCAGUCGGUCUCCUGUUCGACUUGUAUGCUGGAGCAGACCCCGCCACUAAGACCGGCUUCGGCAGCGAUGUCUCCCCAGAGAAUGCUUCACCUUUCCCUUGGCGACUGACAGUCCAUUUCAGUGACUGGCCUGACGAAGACCUCGUUCGACUCGACGAGAACGGCAUGGUCAUGAACGACGCAUUCAUCAACAGUGUUAAAGAGGCCGACUUCCUCCGAAACGGUACCGCAAAAGGCAUCAUGAGCCUUUCCAAGGAGGACUCUUCCGGUCUUUGGAAGGCAGUGGAAAAUGUGGACCUUCCAUCUUUCCAGCGUAUUUCUCACAUUCUUUUACCUCCUCUAUCGCAACCAUUCCGCAACGUGCCUAUUCGUAUCUUCUUACCGCUGCCACCCGAUGAAGAGUCCGGGUCACUCAAAGUAGUACAGUCUCCUCUUCCUCCUUCCAUUCCUUCUCCGGGUAUCCAGCCCGGCCAAUCCAUCAGUCCCCGAUCGAGCCCAGGUAUGCAACCCCAGACCAUAGGGGCAGUCUUGCAUACGUUGCUUCCAAAUCUCUUCCCCAGUCGGAGAACUCCUGUUCUUGCAAAGCCGGUGUUACAUGGUGCCGUGCUUCCUAUGUCUGCCCCUAUCGAAGAGGUUGUCAGGUGCUCGGCCUAUGGAGACGGAUGGGCUUAUGUUGUUGUGCGGAUGAUGGGAUGA